CGAAUAGCAGCUGGUAGUCUUUUCCAUCUCCCACAGCGCAUCACGUUCUACGAACCUGAUGCUGCUCCCACGACGGCUCUGGACGCCCAUCCGGGCCUCGAAUCUGACCACCACGAAGACGAUCCCCAAAACCCUCUCCCCAAACUCGCGAGCGCUCGAUGACAUACGCACCGCCGCGCUCACUCCUCUCUCCCUAAACCUCGUCCGCCAUGCCACGCACGCCUCCGAAGGACGCGCAAACGGAGCCAAAAACGGGCCUGGAAAGCGAUUGGGAGCAAAGGUGACUGCCGAGGAAUGGGUCGUUCCGGGCAACAUCAUCUACAAGCAGCGCGGCACGCUCUGGUUUCCCGGCGAGAACGUCGAGAUGGGCCGCGAUCAUACGCUGCAUGCGGCCGUGGCCGGCUACGUGAAGUACUACCGCAACCCGGCCCUCCAUCCGAAGCGCAAGUACAUCGGCGUCGUCUUCAACCGCGACGAUACGCUCCCGUACCCUCCCAAUGCGGCGCGAAAACGUCGUUUGGGCAUGGACGCGGUGCCGAUUGUGGAAAGACAACACUCUAUCGCGCAGGACAUGACUAUGGAGGUUGGAAGCCAUAGGUUUGUGGCGAGGGAUAUACCGAGGAACAUGAGGGGCACAGCGGGCACAACGAGACACGGGUAUGCGCCGAGAAUGGCUAAUUGGGAGAUUGGACGGGAAGCGGAGAAGUCUGCGGCCAAGGUUGAGCCGUUUGUGAAGGGUGAUCGGUGGGCAGCAUGGCGGAAAGCUGAUGCGAGGGGACUGCGGAUUACACAAGCUAAAACGCUGAGGAAGAGAAAGAGGAAGUGAAAUGGUGCGUCUGAUACGGGUGUAAGAUACGGUAGACCUGCGAGGGCAUAGACUUCUCCUCUCGUGGGAUAUACGCUUCCUUGUGUAUAAGAUAUGAAUAUAUGGCUACGUUUUGCAUGCCAAUCGAAAGCUUCAACAAUUGAAUAAAGAUUCCUCCCAGUUCUUGGAAGUAGUUUUGGUCCCCCAAGUAUCGUAGCCUCUUCAGCCCAAUCUACCAGACCGGGACGCACAUUGCUGGACUGAUCAGCACCAAGCAGCAUUCGCAACACCGUCGCCUCACGUCCACCACCCUAGCUCUUCAUUCCCAACCAUCUCUCCUCACAGCCCAAGCCCCUUCCUCACACCAUCC